GGACUGUACUGUAGGCUAAAUAUAUAAAAGGAAGCAGCAGAGUAAACUAAAACAGAACUUGUGCUCCAUUCCUGAGACAAACUGAGCGGUAACUUGAUGAACACACUGAUUUACUUUUCUCCCUUGACUCUUGCCUCGGGCAGGUCAUACUGGAGUUAACUUGGUGUCGCCAGGCAGAUUUGGACCCGAGUGCACUUCCAGAGCAGAAGGCAUAGACCUACACUUUUACUGCACAGACUUGGAGUCUUAAAUGUUUUCUGAUUAGAACUAGUUACUACCUCCUCAGAGGGUUGGUCUCGGUCAUCUUGAUUGUAAAUUUAGGACUUCAAAAUGAAUUUUUCCAAUACCUCAAAACGGCUUGCUGAAGCUUAUAAAGAAAAAAGCACAUUGCUAAAAUCCGAGACAGGGGCUCUCCCAGUUUAUAAAAUUCCCCUGACGGAAGAACAAAUCAGUGUUGAUAUGUGCAAGCAAUUCUGUUUAGGGAAAAAGUCCAUUAAAUCUAAUCGCACCAUAAUGGUUCUCGGAGCAACUGGGUCUGGGAAGUCAACUCUCAUUAAUGGGAUGAUCAAUUACAUUCUAGGUGUCAAAUGGGAGGAUUCAUAUCGGUUCAAGUUAGUUGAUAAGGGUCAGUUGAAAUCACAAGCUGAAAGUCAGACUUCUGAAGUCACUGUGUACAAACUGUACCACCAGGAGGGUUUUAAAGUAAACUGCUCACUGACCAUUAUUGACACUCCAGCCUUUGGAGAUACAAGAGGCAUUAAAAGAGACCAGAUGAUCACAGAACAGCUACGUAAUCUCUUCUCUGCUGAUUGUGGUGUCAGUGAAAUUGAUGCUGUGUGUUUUGUAGCUCAGGCUGCUUUAGCACGACUCACGCCAUCACAGAAAUAUGUGUUUGAUUCUGUGCUCUCAAUCUUUGGCAAAGAUGUGGCAGAAAACAUCCGGGUUCUGGUGACAUUUGCAGAUGGCCAGCAACCACCAGUUCUAGAGGCAAUCAAUGCUUCAGGUGUCCCAUGUCCUAAAACAAAAGACGGGAUGCCAGUUCACUUCAAAUUCAAUAAUUCAGCAUUGUUUGCAAAAAACAAAUCAUCUGCAGCAGACAGUAUGAGUGGAGAUGAUGAAGAUGAAGGAGGCUUUGAUAAGAUGUUUUGGAACAUGGGAAUAAAAAGCAUGAGACAGUUCUUUGCUGCUAUAAAUAAAAUAGAAACCAAAAGCUUAAAAAUGACAAAAGAGGUCCUCAGAGAAAGAAAGCAGCUUGAGAAUACAGUUGAAAAUGUGCAGAAGCAGGUUAAACUUGGGUUAGCCAAGCUUGAGGAGAUAAAAGAGACAACUGGAAAACUAAAAGAGCAUGAGGGAGAAAUCAGCAGAAAUGAAAACUUUGAGUUUUAUGUCAACAUCAAAAAGCCCGUUCAAAGAGAUAUUUCUCAAACUGGAAGUUUCAUCACCAACUGUCAGCAGUGCCAUGUCACUUGUCACUAUCCUUGUGGAAUACAAAAUGAUGCAGAUAAAGCAGGCUGUUGUGCAAUAGGAAGAGAUGGAAACUGUACUCAGUGUCCAAACAAAUGUCAUUGGACAUUACAUUUUAUUCAGAAGUACAGAUGGGACUAUGAGGAUGUUCGAGAAAAACGAACAGUGCAAGAGCUGAAAGAAAAGUACCAGAAUGCCACAAAGGCUAAAAUAGUUGUUGAGGAAUUGCUUGAUGAGCUGAAUGCUGACUAUAAUAAUGUGCAGGCUACAGUAGUGAAAUUGGUGGAGAAGUCUUCUAAGUGUUUAAACAGACUUAAAGAGAUAGCACUGAAGCCAGAUCCUCUCUUCACUACAGACUACAUUGACAUGCUUAUUGAGGGAGAGAAAUCUGAGGCCAAGCCAGGCUGGAAGGAACGUGUUGAGUCCUUGAUAAACAUGAGACAUAAAGCAGAGUUAUUGGCUAAAGCAGUCAGAGGAGAGAAACUCCUCCAGCGUCAAGACUCGCAAAUAUAGGCAAGGCAAGGCAAGGCAAGUUUAUUUGUAUAGCACAUUUCAUACACAGAGGUCAUUCAAAGUGCUUUACAUAGAAAUGAGAAAACAAAAAAUCAAAUAUACAUGAAUUUAAAAUAUCAAUUAAAAGAAAAUAAAUGUGAUUU